AAACAUUGGAGAAAUUGGGCUUCGUAAAGCGAAAGGCCCAUCAAAGCCCAAGGUUCGGCCCACAGACAAGAUCAGUCCUUGAGUUUUUCUCUGCUCCGUUUCUUCUUCGCCCGCUCAACCCUGGCCUCGACCACCGCACCGCAAUGACCUUCCUUCGCGGAGCCGCGCGGAAUCCCCGGUCCGCCGCUGCCGCCGUCGCCCGCCCACGCGCCUCCUCGAACCCCAACCCCACGCCCAUCGUCAUCCGCGACGAGCCCACCAGCGCUUACUACGACGACCUCGUGAACGCCGCCGGCCGCCACGGCGACUUCGCCACGGUCCGCAACCUCCUCAACAAGCGCGUCCGCGACGGCUGCUUCAACACCGGCGACACCUUCAGGUUCCUCACCCAGGCGGAGACCUCCCUCUCCGCCCUCGACGACCUCAUCCGCGCCCUCUCCCGCCUCGACGGCGGCUUCCCCCGGAAGAGCGCCUUCGACGCUCUCAUCGCCCGCCUCUGCCGCCUCGGCCGCCCCGAGGACGCCCUCCGCGCCGCCGAGACGAUGGCGAGCGGCGGCUUCGGCCUCAACCCGGUCACCUUCCACCCGAUCCUCAACCUCCUGACCCGCCGGGGCGACUUCGAGGGGGCGCGGCGGGUGGCGGGCCUGAUGAGGGACCGCGGGGUGUCCCCGGACCUGACGGCGCACAACUACUUCCUCACGGCGCACUGCUACCGGGGCGACCUGGCCUCCGCCGGGCGGGCGAUGGAGGAGAUCGAGCAGGAGGGGCUCGGGGCGGACACCCGGACGUACGACGCGCUGGUGCUGGGGGCGUGCAGGGCGGGGAAGGUCGGGGCGGCGGUGGGGCUGCUGCGGCGGAUGGAGGGGGAGGGGGUGUCGCCGCUGUACAGCACGCACGCGCAUGUGAUAAAGGCGAUGUCGAAGCGGGGCUGGGCGGCGCAGGCGGCGGAGCUGGUGAGGGCGUACGCCGGGAGGGACAGGGCGCUGGACGGGGAGAGCUACGGGGUGCUGGGGAGCGAGCUGAUGAGGCUGAGGAAGGUGGAGGAAGCGAGGAGGGUGGUGGAGGAGAUGGCGGAGAAGGGGCUCAUCAUGGGGGAGAAGCUGAGAGAGUUUUACAGGUCGAAUCCCAAUGUUGGGUAAUUUACUAAACUUAAGUCAUUUUGGACUUUGGAAUCCUUUUGAUCCGAUGAGCAAUGCGGUCUAUAAGAUUUGCCCCUUUA